ACUAUUAAUAUUUGGUAUAAUGAACUUUUAAACAAUGAAUCAACCGCAUUCGUUGCACAAAUAAAGAAGGCCGAAGAGAUGGUCGUCGAUAAUCUGGAAUUUAAAAUACCUAAACCUGAUAAGUCGGACCAUAUAG